AGUAACCUACAUUAUGUAGUAAAUUCUGUCAUACUAAAAAUGCACCCACCCCUUUCUUGAACCUAUUUUAUUGUAUUGUCUCUGCUAUUAUGACUCCCCCUGGCGCUGCAUUCCACAAAUUUAAAGGCUCUUUUUGUAAUACAUUAAUAUAUUACACAGCCAAACAAUACAUUUUCUUUCCUUUUUAACAAAAGGAGUGCACCAUAAUUGCCUGAGGCACACAGGGAGUAUUCUCUAUUGAUGUUUUCCAGCUGGUGGAAAAGUUCCUUAUUGUAGCCAGUCAUGUAGCUCAAUGGAGUCCACCUGUCACCUACCCCAAAGCCCAGAAGAACCAAAACAUAUUAAAAAGUAUAUAAAUGGUGCUACUCUUCAAAUACAUAUUUUAUUAAUAUGUUCAUAUAUUUCUGUAUGAUUCAAUUUUAGCAAAUAUGGAUUCUUCUGUCUUGAGAAGUAUCAAUGUGAGGCCAUCCCUGUCUCUCUGAGGAUUGUGGGCAUCACCAAGAAAAUUGCAGCACCUAGUUCCGUACCAGGACACCUCUGUUCACGGAGGAGAGGGGCUUUCCAGGGGAGAAGCCGAAAAAGCUACACAAUGAUGAUAUAAUGGACCAUUUAAAACCACUCGGCUCUCUAGGUUUUGCUGGAGUCAACCUAGAUACAGUAUUAAAGACGGAGGAAAGAAAAGUCCCAUGUUUGAGUGAUUUUCAGAAUGGUGAAACAAAGCAGUUGCCUGGAAGCUGUGGGCACAAAAUAGAAUCAUCGGCAGUGGCUCCAAUAAAAGACAAGUGUGCAGAAGAUUUGCAUAGGGAUAGUUUACUGGGGAAUCAGAUGAAUCAAACAAAGGAAUCCUGUGUGGGAAAUGUACCAGCAGCCCAGGAAGGAGAACCAGUUGGGAGCCCUCGGCAGGAACCCUGUAGUAUAAAGCGGUGUAUGGAGGAUUCCCAGGAGAAGAGAGAGAAGACACCACCUCCUUCCUUUUCUGCUGCCAAUUGUAAGCAAGAAGACUCUUACACAUCUGGGCAGUCCCCAGACUGGACCGUGAGAGAGUGCAUAGUAAAGGAUGAAUAUGAGUGGGACUCAUGCCAGCAGGAUGACUCUCCAGAGAACUGGAUGCUACCAAAUCACUUUAACCAAGGGGAUUAUGUACAUCGUAACACGGUGGAACAUGUAGAGCAUUCAUUCAACCCUGAUAAAGGUGGGGAAAGCUGGGGCUGGAGUAUUCAAGAGCAAAAUCAGAAGCAAAGACUUCAGCUGACAAACCCUGAAGAAUAUGGACAUUAUGUGUGUAGUGCAUGUGGUGACAACUUUAGUGAUAAAGAGGAGUUUGUAGUUCAUGCCUGCAAAGCAAAGUUGUACAUGUCGGCUCCAGAAAAUUUAUCAUGGGGUUCACAUUAUGUUACCAACCUGAUAGGUCCCAAUGGAAAAAUGCUGUUUGUCUGUGGCGACUGUGGGAAGAGCUAUGCUUACAGGUCCCAUUUUAUUAUACACCAGAGGUCGCAUACCGGCGAGAAACCUUUUCCAUGCACAGAAUGUGACAAGUGCUUCACUUGCACGUCCCACCUUAUAGCGCACCAGAGAACUCACACAGGUGAGCGGCCAUAUGUAUGUCCUGAGUGUGGGGAGAGUUUUACACAAAGCUCUACGCUGAUUAUACACCAGAAAAUACACACUGGGGAGAAACCCUAUGAGUGCAAUGAGUGCCCGAAAAGUUUCUCUCGUCACUCCCACCUUGUAUUGCAUCAGAGGACUCACACAGGAGAAAAGCCCUAUGCAUGUACUGAGUGUGGGAAAAGGUUUAGCAGCCUCUCCAAUCUCACUGCCCAUCACAGGACUCACACGGGAGAGAAGCCAUAUCUGUGUGUAGAGUGUGGGAAAGGGUUUACCCAAAGCUCAGCUCUGGUUUUGCAUAAGAAGAUCCACACAGGAGAGAAACCUUACGAAUGCAAUGAAUGUGGGAAAAGCUUCAGCCGCACUUCUCAUUUGACUCUGCACCAGAGAACCCACUCUGGGGAACGGCCGUACGUGUGCCUAGAGUGUGGCAAAACCUUCCUUCGGAGCUCACAUCUUGUCUUGCACCAGCGAACUCACACAGGAGAGCGGCCGUAUUCUUGCAAUGAAUGUGGAAGAACCUUCACCCAAACCUCUCAUCUUGUUAAACACCAAAGAUCUCACACUAUAGAAAGGACACAGAGCCCCCCAAAGGGUGAAACCAUUUCACCAAUGAGGACAGCCAGUUAAGUUAUUCAGUCUUUGCUGCCCAUAAUUCUACAGAGGAAGUUUAUAACCGUUUUGGAACUAUCCAUUGCGUUUUCCCUGAGUGCAAAAACACUUGAUACCUUUGCUAGUUUUACUGUUGAGAGAAAAUCGUAAACAAUAACAUAAACAAGGAGACAUUGGUGCAAUGCUUUAAUUCCCUUCAGUUACGCUCAAUAGCUGAAUUGCCCUUCUAUAUUCAGAUAGUUGAAUUGCCCCCAUGGGAAUUUGAAAUUUGCAGCCAAUUCCAAAGUGGAAGUUUAUAAAAUUAAUGUCGGGAAAACGGAUUAAUGCCUUAAAAUUUACUGUGGUGUUCUAUGACCAUGUAUAGCCCACAGGCUAUAGUUAUACAGGUUUGUACUACUCAUGAAUUAUAAUGAGUAAUGUAUAAUCUUCUGUUAGUUAUAAGGCCACAUAUAGGGUAAUAUUUUUGAACAACUAUGUUUUACAUAUGGAUUAUGUACCCUUUAUUACAUAGGAAUAUUAGAAAUUACCAUAACGAUAUGAAGGUUUGAGGCUGCAGGCUAAGUGCUUUUAUACAGGUCAUAAAAGAUACUCUUUUAUAACAAGGAGUAUAUUUUUAUUUAUUUUUUGUUAUACACAAACUUUGAGUCAUGUGACACAAGGGAUAUUACUAAACAGCUUUUAUAUGUAAUGUGCUGUACAUAUAAGGAAUCACUACUGCUAAUACAUAUGAAUUUGCACUAAGUUUGCCCAGGUUCAGUAACCAGUUAAGACUAGUUAUGAGCAAAUCUGUCCCAUUUUGCUUCACUGAAAAAUUAGCAAAUCUUUCAAAAAUUUCUCGAAACGGCGAAAAUGUCACGCUUCAAAAUUUGUCGCCCGCGACUAUCCUUUUGACGCCCUGAAUCCAUGCCUGGCAAAACAUUUUGCCCAUCACUAGUUAAGAUAUUUGCUUUUGACCGGUAAAUUUUACCUACCAAUUGGUUGCUCUUGGGGAUUAGAUAUGUAACAAACUUUAUACCCUUUAUUACAUAAAAACUAUUAGACGUUAGAGCUCAUUUACUAUUUUUUGGGCCAGACAAGCAUUUCCUGCUGUUACAACAACAACAACAAACAUUUGUAAAGCGCUUUUCUCCCGUGGGACCCAACUGUUACAUAACCACAUGUCUGAAUAAUCCCCAUUAAGUGCCCAUUGCCAAUAGCCGAUGGCAGAAACCUGCUUACUAAACCUGGUGGCUCAUCCUUCUACUUUUAAUCUAUAGCACCACUUGAUAGGCAAAAGGGUUUUUUUAGACAAUUACAUGAAAUAACACAACAGGUAUACCCCCGUUUUAGAGUUUUUAUCUGUGAGGAGAAUGACUUCAAGGACCUUGUUUUAAAGGGGUUGUUCACCCUUUUACUUUUAGUAUGUUAUAGAAUGUCCUAUUCCUGGCAACUUUGCACUUGUUUUUUUAUUAUUAUUUUAUAGGUUUUUAAAUAAUUGCCUUCCUCUUCUGCCCUUUUUCCAGCUUUUAAAUUGGGGUCCCUGACUCCGGCAGCCAAAAAUUUUUGUUCUGUGAGGCUAAAAUGUUAUUAUUAUUUGUGUUUUUUAUGUAGGCCCAUUACUAUUCAUACAUCCGUAUCUCAUUGAAGCCACUGCCUGGUUGCUAUUAAGAGCUGCUAAAUAACUGAAAAAACAUAAAACAAGAGCAAUUGCAAAUUGUCUCAAAAUAUCAAUGUCCACAUCAUACUAAAAGUUAAUUUAAAGGUGAACUACCCCUCACUGUCAGUGUCUUAUAUUUUCUUUAAAUAACAGUAUUGCACUAGGCAACCAGUCUGUGCACAUUUCACUGGUAUUCAGUUUUUCCUCUGUACAUAACAUGAGCCUUUGUUCAUGCGAUUGUCUUGCAAUGCACUCUAAUGUGUUUCCAGCUCACAGAAUAACUUCUAAUUGGAUAAACUCCAUUCUGUGGGUUUGUACUCAUGGCAAUGGUGAUCAGUGCUGAACCACAGGGGAAAAAAAAAUAGUGUUCUGCAUUGGUGUAUUUCCCAUGGUUCUACACCCAUAUGGUCAAGGCAAUGCAUUGAGGUGCACAAUAUUGCAUCUGUGUGUGCACAUUGUAAUGGGUCCAUGCCCUGAGAGCAAAGCCAUGGAAGUGACCUCUAUAGCCAUUUUUUUGAAGUGGUGUAAGCCCUAGGCGGUUUCAUAUAUAGUAGUGUGAGUGUUUGACCCGUGUGACAUAGUAAAAAUCCAUUUCAGUAUUUCUAGUGGAAAUUUUUUGUAAGCUAACAGACACUUGUGUCACUGUGUCUUUCACAUUAGAAAUAGAACAAACGGAAUGUUGGUGAACAAAUAAUCGUGCUGUACCGAAUACACUGGCCACACGUAUGGAAACCAUUCUAACAUUUGUAUUAGGGCAUGUGCAACUUCAUUUUAUUUUACUGUUCCUGGAGUUAUUUCCAUGUAUAAAUCCAAAGACACUAAUAUUUAUAUAUGCACACAAAAUAAAAUGUUGUAAAAAUAUAACUCAA